CUGCACGCCACUCGACUGCAGAGUUUAUUCUUAAAAAGUUUUACAGUCGGUAAGCAGUUCAGUUCAUCGGAGACCGCGACGCAACAAAUUUAUUUCGCUCUCAUCUCAAAAAACUAUCUACACAACACAAGUUUAACUAUCGGGACAUUUUUCAAACAGUGAACAAUUUUUUUUCAUCAGCAAAUCAUAUAGUGUCGAAGUGUGCUUCAAAUUCUCUAGAAAUGAAAUCAGCGCGUAAUAAUUCGGCGCAAAUGGUUUUUGUUAUAACGUAAAAUAAGAAGAUAACAACUUAACGGUUCAGUGCGAAGAUUGAAUGUCUUCCAUUAAGUGCGCUGUAAUUUGCGUGAACAUCACGUGACUUAUAAAAAAAAAGUGUUUGCAUCAAAACUUGAAAGCGAAGACAUUAUCUUUAUUCCACUAUACCGAAAGAAGUGAACGCGGGAAGAUUAUACAAAACUAUGUAUAGUUUAUGAUGACCUUCUUAUUGGAAUACCAUCGAACUGCGGACCGCCUUGGAGGAAGUUGUCUCAAGAUUUCAGAAUGCGCCCAUCUACAACGGAGCAGCUUUGGAAUUUGAACAAUGCUUCAUUGAAAGGCAUCGAGUACUCACUGAAUAGUGCAUCCAACGUGGCGCAAUUAGAUUUUAUCAUGAUGAAAAUUAAACUUGCAAAAGAUGAACACUGCGAUUCCUAUUCAGAAGCUGAUAAUAGUAAAUCGAAGAGCUGCUCAAUAAAAUCAGGACUUUCUUCCCCCACAAACACGAGAGCCAUUCUUUGUGAACAUAAUUCUGUCUACUUAAAUACUUUGGCUAAUGAUAAUACCGGUGAGGAAUCCUCAGAAUCCGGUUGUAUUUCAAAAAGUUUGGACAGUUCUCAUCCAAUAACCGAUACAAAGAAAGGCGUCAAAUUGAAAGAUGAUUUUCAUCAAGCCCCAGAAAACUUGAAUACAUUGGACGGCAUAAUCAAAGAGAUUGAUAAGCUUAGAUUUGGUAAAGAUUCUCCAAAAAUUCAGAUGAUGAUCUUAAAAUCAGAGAAGACUACAAACUCGUCAGGAUGUAUCGAUAAUCAGAAAAAUGGCACCUCCCUUACAAAAGAUAAUGCCAUGAAAUCAAACGACUCUAAGAAGGAUUAUCAAAUGAAUAUAUACAUUGAGAGACAGAUAGACGAGGUAGAAGAAAGGCCAAAUAAUUUUGAUUUAGAUAACAGAUUGGAAAAUCAGGAUGACGAUGAUGAAAAUCUUAUUGCUCGUGGGCCAGUCAGACCUCACCUAUGCCGAAUUCGGAACAAAUCUUAUGAUACAUUAGAUUGGCUGUUUCAAUCUGAUGGAUAUUCAUCUCGUGAAUAUUAUGAUGGGCAGCAAAGUGAAACCUCUGAUUAUGAGACCAGCAUCCAACAAUUAAUGACCGACAAUGAUUACAGAGAAACGAUCGAUUCUUGUUUGGAACAGCUAUCAGAUUCGAGUAAAAAAACUGAAAAUUAUUAUGCAAAAGCCAACUUGGAGACAAUUCAGUAUGAAAAGAACUGCAGCAACCAAGAUUUGAUGAGCGUUUCAUCGUCAAAGACACCUCCUGCGAUUGUCGUGAACAAUCCAGAGGGCGCUUCUCUUCUGGAAAUUCUGGCUCGAGGAGGUUUUCAAGCAGCCCAUAUUUUUUCGGAUACUGAAACAAACGGCUCAUCUCCACGGGUGAGUUCAGAAGUCUGGCCUGAUUCACCUGCAAGCAGCUGUAACAUAGUUACCUCAAGACCAAAUAGUCGAUCAUCUAGCAGAGGACAAUCGCCAGGUCCUACUAUAAUGCCUAUCAAUAUCGCUGGCAGUCCUCCGGGUUCAUCUCAGGUGCCAUUAAAUUUCCGAUCUUGUCAGGGUUUCUCUUCCUCGUCUUCAUCAAACCAAUCUUACUGCGAGACACCGAGUCCAUCCAAUUAUCAAUCUCCUUUGGAUCAAAGAUCGGAAGAUCAACUGUACGAUGGAUUCAACAGUUUUGCAUACUGGCAAAAAAAUGACGAGUCUUCAAGCACUAUCGUCGGGAACAAUACUGCCGAACUCAUUGACGCGAUAGACAGCAAUGAACUCCGACUAGUGGAGGAAGUGGUCUUAAAAGAGAUGAGCAAAAAAGGCUCUGCGUCAGAGGAAAUGCAAGUUGUUCCAAAUUCUCAGCUAGAUUACAGAGGAUUUGAGUCCCUUGAAUCUGUACAAAGUCUACUAUGUCCUACAGACAAACACUCUAGGUGUUCUUUAGACACUAAUCAGAUAACCAGAAGUGAAAGGACAAAUGUCCGCGCCCGGACUGACAUGAAUUUCUUCACAGAGUCUUUGAACUUUGCAAAUACAGGCAGCAUCAUCAACGAAGCUCAACAAAGUUUGGUCUAUCCUAAAACUAGUGAUGGGUUUGAUCUAGUCUAUUCCGAAAAUGUAUCGCCUGGUAGUUGUUGCAGGGGAAAGGUUUCGACCACCAGAAGUUACAUAGAAAACACUUCACCUCCUAAUAAUGAUAUUGGGAAGUCUUCAUCAGCCAGUUUGGAAAUUGACGCAACAAUAGAGACUAUACUUGCCAACAAGCAGGCAACAAAUAAUUCCAUAAAUGAUGCCAGCUUUGACAUGGAUUUGUUUGACUGUGCAAAAAGCACUUGCACCACUUACAGUGGUUCAUCAAACGUCCACAGUGGAAGAACUUCUGUUUCCGAACAACCUACGACAUCUACAUUCAACGACUUCCAGAUUCCAGAAAUUUUAAGCAAACACUCAAGACAUCAUAUACCACUAUGGUCUUCAUUAAAUCUUCCUUCAACGAAGGCGUGUGAUAAACUUAUCAAAGAACUCAAUCCCAAAGAAGUCGAGAAAGCCAUGAAGAGUCUCUUGAAAAAAUCCAAGGAGGAACUUGCGAAAGCUGACGAGGAUGGCGAUACGAUGUUGAUGUGUUUGGUUGGUAAUCCAGACGAGUUAAGGAAGAAAAAGGCUUAUUUGCCACCAUUAGUUGAGAGGCUUAGCACAGUGGAAGGUGCUUUGUCUGCUAUCAAUAACCGUGGAGAGGAUGCUUUGUAUUUAAUGGCAAUGAACUGUCCACAAAUGGCAUACAUAACGGGUUAUUUAGCAGCCACCAUGCUUCAAAAAGGGAUUCACGUCGGACAGAAAUUGUAUCAACCUCGAGGUGAUACGUUAAUUCAUGCAGUAGCAGCGAAAGGUGAUUCCCACAAAGCUGUGCUUGCAGAACUAUUGGCCCUAAAAACUGUUCAAGGAAAUCCGGGUUUCAACGUUUCUACUCGAAACUACGAAGGGAAAACAGCUCUUCACGUAGCAGUAGAGUCGCACGACCCUAUAAAUAGGGGUCGAAAGUCAAUUGCAACGGUGCAACUACUUUUGGAACAUGGUGCAGAUCUCACGAUUAAGGAAACUAUCCGAGGAAACACGGCCCUGCAUGCUGCAGUAUUCAUAAGCUGUGAUCCUGUUCUUGUUAAGGUUUUGUUGGCUAGAAACAGUCAAGAUAUUAUCAAUAUCGGAAAUUAUCAUGGCAAUACAUCUUUGCACAUGGCGAUGAUGUGUAACGGUGUUAAUUUGGAAAGGCAAAUGGAAGUUUGUAAAAUCUUAGUGGAAAAUGGUGCAAAGAUAAGUAUUGCUAAUGGGAGCAGCAGAACUCCAUUGGAGUUUGUGCAUCCAGACAGAAAAGACACAUUAAGGACGAUCUUCCACAGAAGAAGUAAAAUUCACUAAAAUAGCAAAGAUCUCAAUGGACAAAAUUAUAUAAUAAAGAUGUGAUGGCA